GAGGGCGGCACAGGGCGGGAUGGUGCCGCCCGAGCGGAAGUGGGGCUCUUUGAGGCGGCCGAGUCGGGGUUCAGCGGGUCUCACUUGCGGUGGUUGAGGUGUUCUAGGUCGAGGGCAUCGGCUGCGGCGCCUGCGGGAGAAACCGGUUCCAGAACUUGGAAGUACUUGGACAUCUAGCUGCCUCCAAAUUCUUUGUAAGCCGAAAGAUGAGUACUGAGUGGGCAUGAGAGACUGAGAACACCCUACUUCCCCAUAGACUUGGUGUAGAUCACUUCCUCUUCUCCGAAUCAGAGCAGGAAGACACAAUGAGUACAAGAAAUCCUCAAAGAAAGCGGCGUGGUGGAGCAGUAAGUUCUAGACAAACCCAGAAGCGAACUCGGGAAGCACCUUCAACCCCCGAGAUUUCCUUGGAAGCAGAACCCAUAGAGCUUGUGGAAACUGCCGGAGAUGAAAUUGUGGACCUCACCUGUGAAUCUUUAGAGCCUGUGGUUGUGGACCUGACUCACAAUGACUCUGUUGUGAUUGUUGAAGAGAGGAGACGGCCACGGAGAAAUACAAGGAGACUCCGCCAAGACCAUGCUGACAGCUGUGUAGUGAGCAGUGAUGACGAGGAACUGUCAAGGGACAGAGAUGUGUAUGUGACCACCCAUACUCCUCGAAGCACAAAAGACGAAGGAGCUACGGGACUCAGGCCCUCGGGUACUGUCAGUUGUCCAAUCUGCAUGGAUGGAUACUCUGAGAUUGUACAGAAUGGGCGCCUCAUUGUUUCUACAGAAUGUGGCCACGUCUUCUGUAGCCAGUGCCUCCGUGAUUCUCUUAAGAAUGCUAACACUUGCCCAACUUGUAGGAAAAAGAUCAGCCAUAAACGAUACCACCCCAUUUAUAUAUGAAAUAUUCAGGGCUGCUUAGGAGAGACCAAUGGACAGAGAGCUGGGCUGGCCUCUCCGCAUGGUUAUCUAUCUGCCUCCAGUUUCCUGAUCUCAAAAAGACUUUCAAAACCAUCAUCUGAUGUGUAAACUGUUCUUUUAUUUCCAAACCCCUUAGAUCCUUUUGUUAUCUCCAGUUUGAUGCUAUGGAGCUGGAUGCCCGGGAUCCUCCCAGGUCAGCUCAGCAUCUCUGCUCCUUGGGGUGGUCUGUCCCCAGAGUAGGAGAAAAGGAGUCAGGCAUAUUGAGUUGAGCAUUGUGGCUCCAGCCUUUUUAUGGAGCUGACAUGUUUGCCAAGAAGUUUCCCUUUUGGGAAAGUACCCCAACUCUUCUGGGUGCAGGACUGUCCCAGGAAUUAACCAGUUAAUUAUUCUGCCUGCCACAUGGUGACCUUGCCAGACACAGUCCACCUGGUCAAAGGGUCCCAGUGCAGGAGCUGUCCCUGCAAAGCCCAGUUACUGGGCCUUUUUUCCUUCCCUUGAGAGUCAGAGGUGAUGUGUGAUUCUGCCUGCAACUUAGCAUUGAUGUGCAGUGUUUUCUGCAAAUCAAGAGAUGGUCUGCAGGGCACCCGUUUCCUAAGAAUGAGAAAGUGCAAUAAAGCCCGUUCUUCACCUGCUCUUCAGCAGUCGGGGGCGGUGGAGCACAGCUAGUCUCUGCAGCCCAGUGUUGUCUGUGGAGCAGCAGUGCCCAUCCCACCGUCUGUGUUCACCAGCUGUUCUCAGGAACCCUACCCAUACUCCAGAGUUCUUUGCCUGGCACAGGAUAUUCAAGGCCAGCAGGGAGACAGGUGUCUGAGUGUCCUCUUUGCUAAAAAGAUCUGUCCAGUGUUGUCCACAUGCCCUCCAGCCCUGAGUUUCUCAGUUCCCACUGCCUAAUGUCUGCCCAAGCAUAGAGAGCAGGAGGUAGUAGCAGUAACAGUGGCCUUAACAGCUGCUUGCUUCCAUGCUUUUGCCCAAGUUACUGUUGCCCAUUUUCAGAGGUGUUGGCCCACCCAUCCUGGCACUGCCCUGGCUUUCUCACCCCCCUUCAGUAGUUAUUUCCAAAGUUGUUCUUCUGGCCAGCUGGGCUAUUGACUGCUCUGUAGGUUUGGUUGGCAAAGCAUGAUACCUCUUCCUCCGCAUGGGGCCACAUAAUACUCUGCUCAACUCCAUAUGUGGGAGCCUCUGGUGCUCUCAGAGGUCGUGAGGUGGUACAAAUUGCCCCUGAGGAAAUUAGGCACAGGAUGGCUUGUCAGGGAUAGGCUUCGUGCCAGCCUGCCUCCACCUUCACACUACUUCCUCAGAGGGCUUCAAGCCAAACCAGUAGCCCUUUUGUGUGAAACAUCUUCAAGGUGGAAAAGGGACCACUUGGGGCUUUGCUAGCAAUAACUGACCUUCAGUUUGCCCUUCUGAAGGAGCAGGGACUCGGCACAGAAUUCACUUUAAAUGGAGCUGAAGGAGUGUUCCUCCUAUGUGAAAAGAAAAUAGUUUUAUUCUUCAUUCUGGCUUCUUAACUGUUUGACUUCCAGUUUGAGAUGAAUAAUUUUCUACAUGGACAUGAAGAGGGCAGGAGCAUCAGCUCUUGAGUAGUGUCUGCCCUCCCCUUGGGUGUCACAGCCUUUGAGGUCCCCGUGGGCUCAUGGCCUUGGUCUUGCAAGCUCUGAUAGCCAGACUCAAAGAGCCAAGGUGAUGAUGCAGCCAGUUCACCAGUAAAUAGGUGAUACCCACUUAAAAAUUUGUUUUCUCCUUAAAGACAGUUUAUGAAGUUCGUCAUAAAUGUGUUACUUCAUCCUAAAUUAAAUUGAGAAAAAGAUGUUUAGUUCUCCUAAUCAGAAACUGCACCAUAGGAAAAAGUUGAUACAGAAAAAACUCCUUUCCUUUCCUCAAUGUAUAUAGUUUAACUUUCUUUGUUACAUUUGAACUACGCUCAUGGAUGUCACUCUGUUUUGGACUUCUGCUAGUGUUACGGAUGGAAAUAAAACCAUUAAUUUGAA